GGAGUGUAUGCUUUGGUUGACAAACGACACGUGUACAUAUGUAAUAACAGCACUAAAAUGUGAUUUUUCUAGAGCAGCCAAACUACUUUUAACAAUACAUCCCUGGCGUGUACAUAGUUGUUAAAUUAUUAUUUAUUUCAAAAUGAAGUUUUUAAUCUAUUUUAUUGCCGUCUUCCUAGUGGGCACAGCUCUUGCAAACCAUGUCAAUUUGAAGCAAGUACGCUGUCUAGUUUGUAGAACAAUUGUUGACGAAUUUAAAUAUGAAGUGAGUAAAAUUGACCCAACAAAGGAAAUAGAAAUUGGACAAUAUAGAUUGGAUUCAAAAGGAAAUACAGUACAUAAAAAGGUACCACUAUCUAUGUCAGAAGUACACCUUUCUGAUUUACUUGACUCUAUUUGCAAACGGAUGGAAGACUACGUUAGAGCAACAUACAAAUCAAAUGGCAAACUCACACUUCUUAAGCUGAUGUCAGAUGGUGGAGUUAACCCAUUAAUAAAUGAAGUAGAUAUUGUACAAGACGGUGAUUUAAAUAAGAGCUUAGAAUAUUUUUGUACAGAUAUUGUGAAUGAGCAUGAGGAAACAUUUAUAGAAGUGAUAAGCAAAAAAAUUAAGAAUCCUAAAGCUGAAAUUUGUACAGAAGCAGCAGAAUAUUGCGAAGAUUUUCCAGAGGAUUUAGAUGAUGAUGAUGAUUAUGAGGAUGAUCAUAGUGAUGGUAUUGAUGACUACAACAAAGAUGAACUUUGAAUGAAGAACAAGACUUGAUUAGAUUAGUUGCUAAAUUAAGGAAUAUAAGUUGACUUAUAUGUACAGAAAUUUGCUAUAUACCAAUAGCAAAAAUGCAAUAUUUUUGCCAAUUAAGAGAAUAUACUACAUUAAAUCAAUUUAUAAAAAUCAUUCAAUUCAGUAAAAGACAAUAAUUAUGAAACAUAAGUAAUUCUUUUUAUUUUUGAUUACAAAUCCUGUAUUUGUAUAAAAUUUUUACAUUUUUCAACAUAUAACUAUCUUAAAUAUAAAUAUACAUAUA